AGCCUGCAGCCAUGUGACGGUGUCACGUGGUGUCUCCUCCCAGGCAUAAAUGUGAGGGACAGACCCGCCUCGCGGUUACUUUGUGUUCCUGUGAUUCAGUGACUCCUGACGAAGAAACGACCGAGUUCACACAGACAGCUGACAAACAAACUACAGGCAAAAUGUGGCGUGCAGCCUUUGUUUUACUGGCUGCUGGCUUGUCGCUGAGCCUGGCCAGACCCCACCUCCCACCACUGUCCAGUGAGUUGGUCAACUACAUCAAUAAGAUUAACACUACAUGGAAGGCUGGUCACAACUUCCAUAAUGUUGACUACGGUUACGUCCGUAGACUCUGUGGUACGAUGCUGAAGGGACCUAAACUGCCACUCAUGGUUCAGUAUGCUGGAGGCAUGAAGCUGCCUGAGGAAUUUGACUCCAGAGAGCAGUGGCCCAACUGUCCCACUCUGAAGGAGAUCAGAGACCAGGGCUCCUGUGGAUCCUGCUGGGCAUUUGGCGCUGCAGAGGCGAUCUCCGAUCGUGUGUGUAUCCACAGCAAUGGCAAGGUCAACGUGGAGAUCUCCUCCGAGGACCUGCUCUCCUGCUGUGAUGCCUGUGGCAUGGGAUGUAAUGGUGGUUACCCCUCAUCUGCCUGGGACUUCUGGACCACAGAUGGACUGGUCUCUGGAGGUCUCUACGACUCCCACGUUGGUUGUCGGCCCUACACCAUCGCCCCCUGUGAGCACCAUGUGAAUGGUAGCAGACCUUCCUGUUCUGGAGAGCGUGGAGACACACCCGAGUGUGUCCUCAAGUGUGAACCUGGAUACACACCCGCCUACAAAAAGGACAAGCAUUAUGGUAAAUCGUCUUACAAUGUCGGGGAAAGUGUGGAGCAGAUUCAGCUGGAGAUUUCUAAGAAUGGCCCAGUUGAAGGAGCCUUUACGGUCUAUGAAGACUUUGUGAUGUACAAGUCCGGUGUGUAUCAGCACGUGUCUGGAUCUGCUCUGGGUGGCCACGCCAUCAAGGUCCUGGGUUGGGGGGUGGAGGAUGGCACCCCCUACUGGCUCUGUGCCAACUCCUGGAACACUGACUGGGGUGAUAACGGAUUCUUCAAAAUCCUGCGUGGAUCAGAUCACUGUGGUAUUGAGUCUGAGAUGGUGGCAGGCAUUCCCAAGUAAAACCUAUGGUUUUAAGCUGCAGUGGCGAUUUCUUGAUCACUAGAGGACGACACACUCCUGUUUUUAGUAGUUACAUUUUAAGUCCACUGAUAGCCUUGCAUACCAUGGUAUGUGAUUCUUUCUAGAGCAGACUGAACAAACUCAAGAGUAACCUACACUUGAUGUAGGUGGAUUAGCAGAUAGUAUAUGACAGCAACUAUGUGGGUGAGCACAGAUCAAUGUUGAAUUUAAGGUGUGCUCUGUGGCAUGGUCUUGUUCCUUCACCUUUUAAAGAAAACUCAUUCAAAUGUUGCACAGAAAGACACAUUUUUUGCAAUUUUUUUUACAAGACCUGUAUAAUUCAUUUAAUCUGAGGUGAUUUGAAGACUAUCGCUGUUUUAGGACUGAUUCACUUUGUUCUGCACUAGUAAAAAUGUUGGCAUUUUUAGAAAAGCAUCACUUUUUAAUUUUUCAAAACAAUCAUAGCUUUUCAUACUGCCACACUCCAUAAUGUCUGGUGCCUGUAAGUGUUUUUAAACUAAAUUGUCGGAUGAAAAAUCAAACCUUUUAUUGAUAUGGUUGGAAAUGAGAUGUGGGUGUCUUUGUCUGCCUGAAGCCAAAAAUAUUUGCACCUCACUCUUGUGAAUUAAAUAAAACAUUUUUUGUUCCCAA